AUGUCGAUUUCGCGCUUAGAUGGCCUGUCUCUUGACAUUGAUCCGAGCUGGAAUUUACAGGCAGAGUCUGGUCAUGCGAUGACAAUUGACUCGACACCUACCAUCAGCUUCCUUGGUGAGCCAGGAGAUCAUGGUCAGCUCCCGAUAUUAGAUGCUGAAACUUCUGCGUCAGCAGAGCUCAUCUGCUAUGGGAUGUUCUACAACGAGAAGGUCAAACUUGUGGGACAGGGCACAGAAAUAGCGAAGAAAGUCAAAGACCUUAGAGCUGGUGGCUCCUCUGUUCAGGUUUACACUACCGGGAUACAACUGACUGAACAACAACUAUUCCUCAAGUUCACAGAUGGCAAACAACUAGGAUACCUCAGCGAAAAGAUGGAACGCGGACUGAAUGAUAUGGUCCGGGCCCUCGUUAUUGAGCUCGAUGCUGUAGUCAAUCUACAAAGCCUAAGUGAGGCUCUCCGACGUGCUCAAAAGGACACAGCUAUCCGUGUAGACGUCAAUGUCUACGGGUCAGAAGCGUCUCGUGACCGAGUGGGGCAGGAGCUGUCGAAAAAGGGCCUUUUCCUACAGGUUCCCAAUGAGCGCCGCAAGGGAACGAGAUACGAUAAUCCCCAUAUUUUACAGUUAGAUGGAUUGGGUGAAUCGGAAACAGAGGAGGACGAGUCAAAAAACGAUGCCGGAUCUUCAAUUGUUCCUUCAGAACAAAACGAAGACUUUCAGCGGACUAUCGCUAGAGUCUGGAAUUCCUUGACAAGGUCGGAUGAGCUACGUGGAGUUAGAGGGAGUGAAGGCUUGAAUAGAGCAUUAUAUCAACAUCAAGAAGAAGCUUUGGUCUUUAUGCUACAGCGAGAGACUGGAGAUAUACCCGACAAAUACCGCCUAUGGCAGCCAGAUAUCGUCGAAGGUGGGCAAAGGUAUCGGCACACCAUCACCAAAGCUACACAAAAUGAAUUGCCUGAUGAAAGCGGAGGAGGUAUCCUUGCAGAUGAGAUGGGAAUGGGAAAGUCUUUGACCACCUUGGUGUUGAUUGAAAAGACACUUGAUGACGCACGCCAAUGGGCAGAAGUACAAAAGACACACCCAGAAGAUACAAUGGCAAAAAGACGUUGCCGAGCAACUCUGGUCAUUGUGCCUUCUGAUGUUCUGAUUACUAUGUGGACCAGAGAAAUACAGGAACACUUGGCCGGUAGCUUACGGAUCUUUAAAUAUCAUGGUAAAGGUCGAAAGAAACGCCUGAGCAAUAUGGGUCAUUUUGACAUUGUUAUUACUACUUAUAAUACACUUGCCAAAGAGCAUGGCAUGAGAAACAGUGGUGACAACGAGAGUCCUCUUCAUGAUAUUGAGUGGUAUCGUGUGAUCCUAGAUGAAGCCCACAUGAUCCGGCGACAAGCCACGACUUUCCAUCGUGCAGUAAUUGAUCUUUCAGCGAGACUUCGGUGGUGUCUAUCAGGCACGCCAAUUCAAAACAGCUUAAAUGACCUUGGAGCACUACUGAAGUUCAUGCAAGCAAGACCAUUCCACCACCUAGGAAACUUUCGCUAUUACAUUUCCAAUCCAUUUGAGGUGAGAUCAACAAAGCACAGAGCUACUGAAAGACUUGCCCUCCUUCUGGAAGGAACAUGCCUACGCCGCACUAUCGAAAGAGUAGGUCUUCCAGGUCGGCGAGAGGAGACGCAUGUCGUCGAGUUUACCGCAGAUGAAGCCAAGCAGUAUAAAGAUACUCAAAAGGCAAUCCAACGUCAUAUCCUCCAAAAAGUCGGUGAAUACAAUGAGCAUGAAGUUUCCGGAAUGUUUCAGUUGUAUACACAGCUUCGUCGUCUUUGCAACCAUGGAACCCAUCAACAUCCUUUCUCCUGGAAAAAGAUGCUCCUUGAUGAGGAGGAGGACCCUAUCUGCUCAUUCACUCGUGAUAGCCUCGUUCGUUGCCUGAUAUGUACAGCUGUGUUACCAUUUCUUUCCCCAGAAAGUCUGCCCGCAUACGCAGAGAGUUGCAAACAUGUUCUGUGUCUCGAGUGCUUCCCAGUCACAGAAAGUCCGUCAAACCCGAGUAUACGACCCAACUGUCCGGUAUGUAGAUUUCAGAAAGCUACACCAUUCUCCUCAAGAAAAGAUACCUGCCACCGAUCCCGGCAGUCAAUAGAUGCGGAGAAUGAAUAUGAUGGCUAUUUUAGACCAAGCGGCUUCUCAUCGAAGAUGACGAUGCUUGUAUCCGACCUUCGAAAAGAUAUGAAUUCUACCAAGAGUAUCAUAUUUUCCUGUUGGACAAGGACAUUGGAUCUCGUGGGGGAACAUUUGAAAAGUGCUAAAAUAAAAUAUGCACGUAUUGAUGGCAAGACACCCUUAUCCGAACGCCAGAAGACUCUUGAUAAUUUCGAUUCCACCAGGGAAAAGCCUGUUCUGGUGAUGACUUUUGGCACGGGAGCAUUUGGAUUAAACCUCAAAUCGGUAAAUAGGGUUUUCAUUGUAGAGCCGCAAUGGAAUCCCGCUGUUGAAAACCAGGCCAUUGCACGCGCAAUUCGUCUAGGGCAAAAGGAGCAAGUGUUAGUGAUAAAAUACCUUGUCAAGGGUAGCAUCGAGGAAGUAGGUCCUUUUACCAUUCCAUUACCUGAGAUGUUGACCCUAAUCUUGUGUAAGAACAUGUGCGACCAACAGACACAAAAACUGAAGAUCAGCAAGAUGGAGUUUAGAAAGGACGUCCUGACUCCUUCAUCCGAUGUUGCUACGGCUAGUAUUGGCUCUGUACCAGGUCAGACCACCCCAGAGUUAUCGUCUAAAAUUACUAUUGAGUAUGAGAGAAACGGUUCUUAA